UGUGACGAAGGCUGCUGCGACUCCCACGUCCCACCGUUUCGGACCAUUGGCGUUGUAUCCACUACAGCCCCUUUCUCUUUACUCUAUCUUGUUCAACGAUAAGUUGCAGCCAUGAGCUAUGGUUACAACAAAUACAGUUCCACCAUGAGUUCUCGUGGUCGCGGAUUUAGUUCUCGCGGAGGUUCUUAUAGGGGACGAGGUGGAGGAAAUGAGUGGAAUGGUUCAGCAGGAGGAAAUGUAUCUGGUAGAGGAGGAUACUCAUCUUCCAGAGGUGGCAGAUUUAAAUAUUCAACAACGAAUUAUGAUUCUAGAUCCAAAUAUAACUCAGGAUCGGAAAGAUAUUCAAGCAGAGGCGGUCGUGGCGAACAUUCGAAUAGCUAUAAAAGGCCUCGUGAUUCUUAUUCUGCUAGAGAUGACCAUCGAUCAUCAAGUGACUCAACUCGUAAAAGAAUGAGAAGUGAUUCUUAUCAGGGUGGAGGUAGCGGUAGCGGCUCACAGAGGUAUUCGUCGUACGGUUCGUCCACAUCGGCGGCUUAUGACGAUAACAAGGGAUCGUCAUCGUCCAACGUAUACGAGGACAAGAGACAGAGCGAACGCGCGUCAUCGUACCACCGUUCCGAGGACCGUCAUUCCGCUUCACGGAGCUAUGCACCUCCGCCACCCCCUCGGAUUAGCGAAAUGGCACCGCCACCGACUCAGAGAUACACCUCGAGUCGAGGAAGAAUAUCGCAUCAGAGUUCGAAUUACAGAGGUCGCAUUUCGACCCGCGGCACCGGUGGUAGAGGUGCUGCAUUUCAUCGUGUGAGCUCUCGAUCGGACAUCCUCAUGGCUCGCAAGCGUACUCUGCACUCGCUUGACUAUCGUCGAAAGCUGCUAGGCUCACGCUCGCGAGACUACAUCCAGCGUGUGCGCAUGACUACUACUAAACUACGCAGGAGUAGCGGUACUACUAGGCUACCCGGAAGUAAAAAGGACUCGGGAUCCGGGACCAGCGUGAAGGACAAGGAUAGAGAGAUGGCCAAAGCCAUUAAUGCAGAAUUUUCCGAUGACGAUGACGAGGAAGAUGAUAAUAAGAGUAAUUGGGACGACGAAGAAAAGCCACAUGAACGCGAUGAAGAGGACAUGGAAGAAGAAGAGGAGAAGAAGAAAAAAGAGGAUAAGCGUAAGAAAGAAAAACAAGAUAGAGAAAGGCAACAUACCGAAGAUGAGGAAGAAAAGGAUGAUGAUAUUAAAGAAGAUGACGAUCAGAAGCGAGAAGUGAGUUGUGAGGAGGAUGAAGAUGGGGACGAUGAGGAACGUGAUGAAACUGAAAAAGAAGAACGCGACAGGAAUGCAGAUUCCGAAGAAUUGCCAAGUAGACGGGACGGUAGAAAGUUCAUAAAAUUGAAAUGCCCGCAUUGCGCCCAUCACAGCGUUACGUUCAAAGAAUAUUCACUCCAUCUAUUCUCUGGACGUCAUAGUGCUGCGAUGAAACGUAUUGCGGCUCGACAUAAGGUCACUCUCACACGUAUGCGAGUUGUUCAACGGCAAGAGCAGAGACGUAUCGAAGCUCGUGAUGCAGCACGUGGCACCCUACCAUCUCGCACCAUGUUCUGUGCUAUUUGCAAAUUAAAUUACCGUUCCUUGAAAGCUGCUCAUCAACUGUCUGAAUCUCAUCGUCAAAUGAAACGAUUCCUCACACCAUUCUGUCGUGUUUGUCGUAUCCAAUUCCGUUCGCCAAUGUUCUUUGAGACACAUAUGUGUUCCCUAGAGCACAUCAAGAGAAAGAGUAUACUGAGAGAAAGAAUGAAUGCAAAUGGAAGCGGUGAAGCAGAGGCAGAUUCGAGCGCGCCAGAAGAAGAUGACAAGGAAGUUAAUCUUGAUAAUUUUAUGACUUUGGAUUCCGUAGGUGAUGUAGAUGAAGACGAAGAGACUAACGACAAGAAGAAAGAAAAGGCCGAGGGUGAAAGUUCAAGCGAAGCGGAGAAAAAAUCGAAAGGCAAACAGAUGAUAAAAGUUGGUGCGGAAUACAUAAAACGUGUCGAAGUACAAUACUGCGAGUUAUGUAAAGUGUAUCUGCCACGCAGCGAAAAUACAGAGCGAGCAGUCGCUUUACAUUGUUCCACUCGCAGUCAUCUUAAACGGUAUGUGCGAGAUAAUGAUGAUAAGGCGCUUAGACGUCAAGCGGAAAGGAUACAUCUGCAAUCGUCAUCUUCAACGAAUGUGAAUUCUACUAAUUCCACCGUGACUAAUAAUACAUCGGAUAAUGCAAAGACUUCUCCUGUCAAUUCCGAGCCACAAGUAUCUGCUACACCUGUAUCUACUGCGGCUGAUAAUAACGGCGUUUGCGGCACAGAAUAUAUUAAAAUUGAAGAAGAAAAAUCUAGUAGCGUAGAAUCUGAAAAGAACGCGAAAGACAGUAAGAAUAAUCAGGGGGAUGAAGAUGACGACGACUACCGCGCGCACGGUAGUGAUAAAAUGAUUUGGGAUGAUGUCGACAAGGAUUUAGGCGACAUUCUAAGAGAGAGCGAGGCGGGAGCUUCAAAAUCGAGCGAUGACGAAGAUUCGCGUUACGAUCGUUUUCGUAAUUCGGACAAGAAACAACCCGGAAAAGAAAAAGAAACUGAGAAGAGUGAGGUCCUCGAAGAUAAAAGCGUUAUUAGCUUGGAGGAAAGCGACUGAUCAGUGUGUAUCUCAUGUAAGCACAAUUAAAUAUAGAUUGUCGAUCACAUAGUAAAUUCUGCACUCUCUAGAAUUAUUAAUUACCAAUUUCUAAAUUAAAUCGUAAUUUC